GCAUACUUGUGAGCGUUUAAAAUGCAGCCUUUCCCAGCAGCAUGCUGGGAAUGAUAGAAAAUGUUCAUCACAGUAUAAGGUAAAACCGAGACGAUCUCGACGAUUUCUCUUCCCCGAUUUCUGGUGACCAGGCUUAAAUGCUUGAAUCCUCUUCAGGUGAAAUUACAUGUGCGACAUCUGGAUGCAAGACAACAUUGUAAGACACUGCUAGCAUCCUUCUGCGAAAGAGCACUGACCACCCUUUACUAGCCGUAACGCAUGUGAUAGACUAGGGAAUCAAAAUGGCUUCCUCCGAACAGCUCUCCCCCGAACAGCUGUCGACAGCCGCGGAGCGCGCUUCCCCGGCGCAGCUGUCAUUUUCCUCCUCGCUGUCGUCUCCGCUGUCCCCGGGACAGCCCCCGCCGUUCUCGCCGGUCGACCCGCAGCUGUACGAGCGGGAUUACCCGCGGCUCAAGUCGUGGGGCGAGCUCCGACAGUCCGUGCGGAGCACGCGGCGCCUCCAGACCAACCUGGCCAACAAGGUGCCGCACAACUUCACCUUCGCCAAGCUGGAGACGGAACAGGGCGCCAGAACGAGGCUGUACUUCCUGGGCGUUCCCGAGAACCUGAAGGAGAACUCGCUGAUGUACGUGGACGUGCCGAACGAGCCAACCGGCGAGGUGUCCUUGUUACCGUGGCAACCACUCUUGGAUUCCUUCCACGCAACGCCAUACAUGUGUCAGUAUUCGCGAGAAGAACAGUUGCUCCGGGAGCGAAAGCGAGUCUCGGCCUUCGGGAUCACGUCCUACGAUGUAGACAUCGAACAUCGGCGCUUCCUCUUCCCCGCCAGCAACAGUCUCUACAUCUGCACAGAUGACAACAUGACGGUUUCCACCAGCCCUUACCAGAAGCCUGUCAUCAAGGCUAGCUGGAGCUUUUAUCAUGACCACAGAGAAGCCUGUGUUAGCCUACAUCAGGAACAGGCAGUGGUGCCAGAAGAAGUGAAGAGUCAGUGUGGAGCAGCUCGGAUAGACCCGAAGAUGUGUCCGUCCAACAACAGUCUGGUGGGGUUUGUCUCCAAUGGAGACCUUUGGAUGUGUAACCUUAAAGAUGGGGAGGAGAGAAGACUCACUUUUGUACACAAAGGUCUAUCUAACCCAGCAGAAGAUCCCAUGACUGCAGGAGUGCCAUCCUUUGUGGUUCAAGAGGAAUUUGAUAGAUACACAGGCUACUGGUGGAGCCCUACCUUUGAUCAAAAUAGUGACGGCAGCAGAACGUACAGAGUGAUGUAUGAAGAGGUGGAUGAAAGUGAAGUGGAGAUUUUGCACAUUGUCUCCUCCACCAACAACGAGAGGGGCGUCGACUACUACAGGUAUCCUCGAGCAGGUACAGCCAAUGCUACCAGCACUCUGAAGAUACUAGAGAUAACAGUGGACUCCAGUGGAAAGGUGAAAGACACAGUGGUUGAAAGACAUCUGCGGGAACCUCUCCAACAGUUGUUUCCUCACAUGGAGUACCUGGUCAGAGCAGACUGGCUACCCGAUGGCAAAAAAGUUUGGGUCCAGCUGCUGAGUAGGAACCAACAGUGGUUGAUUCUUGCGCUGCUUCCGCUGGAGUUUUUCUCGCCCGAGACGUCGGACACCGCCACUAACAGCCACGGGGACUCCGCCACACCUCCAGUCUACCUGCUGUUGGAGGAGCAUAGUCACAUAUGGGUUAAUGUGCAUGAACUGAUCUACUUCUUCCCACAAACGAGACCAGACGAGGUCAGUUUCAUCUGGGCCAAUGAGGGUACAGGGUUCCGUCACCUGUACCACGUGACGGCGUCCCUAUCACCUGACCAGGCGCAGAUGGGGAUGGAGGUGGAGACAGGUGGUUCAGGUGCACAGGAGGUCACACACAAAGCUGUGCAAAGAUGUGGGCUGACGGAGAUCAGACAACUGACGGGAGGACAGUGGAUAGUGAUAGGCAAACCUGACAUGCUAUGGGUGGAUGAGACCAGACAACUAGUAUAUUUCAUGGCAACCAAAGACACACCGCUAGAAGAACACUUAUAUGUGGUAUCAUACAUGGAUCCAGGAGAACCAGUACGGCUUACAGAGCUGGGGUACUACCAUCAAGUCUGGAUGAGCCAGGACUGUAGUACGUAUGUGUCAGUGUACAGCAGUGUGGACACCGCGCCGGCCUGCAUGGUCUACAGAGUAGCCAAUCAAACUUCUCGUCUCAUAGCCAAGCUGCUAGAACCCCCAAUCCUUCCAGUAGACUACCACCCUCCAGAGUUGUUCCAGUACAGAAGUCUAUCAGGUUACGAUCACUACGGGUACAUGUAUAAACCUCACAACUGUGCACCGGGGAGGAAGUACCCAACUCUUCUGUUUGUCUACGGAGGACCACAGGUCCAACUUGUAACCAAUUCCUUCAAGGGCAUUCGGUUCUUGAGACUACACACGCUGGCGUCGCUAGGCUACGCUGUCGUUGUGCUCGACGGGCGGGGCUCCAACCACCGCGGGCUGCAGUUCGAAGGUCAUCUCAGAGGGCGAAUGGGCACUGUGGAGAUAGAAGACCAGGUGGAAGGUCUCUACUGGUUAGCUGAAAAUGUGGACUACAUCGACCUCAAUAGAGUGGCCAUCCAUGGCUGGUCGUAUGGUGGCUACCUGUCUCUGAUGGGGCUGGCACAGAGACCUGAUGUCUUCAAGAUUGCUAUAGCUGGAGCGCCAGUGACUUGUUGGACUGCCUACGACACCGGGUACACAGAACGAUACAUGGGCACGCCCUCCGCAAAUGUUACAGGAUACGCCGACGGAUCCGUCCUUAGAUACGCCUCACAAUUUCCAGAUGAGGAGAAUCGUCUUCUGGUUGUACAUGGUCUGAUCGACGAGAAUGUGCACUUCUACCACACCAGUAUGCUCAUCAACUCACUGGUCAAGGCCUGUAAACCUUACCAACUACAGGUGUAUCCCAACGAGCGCCAUGGAAUCCGACAGCAGGACACGUGUGAACACUACGAAACUAUGGUGCUAUCUUAUCUACAAAAACACUUGUAGUUCAAGAUUCAAGGAGCAAAAAGGGUAAACAAAGUAACUCCAGAGACAUUAUAGACAUUAUAGACUCAAGAACAUAAAUAGUGGCAAAUGUUGUAUGUCAAAAUCAGGUUCUCUUCUUACAUGGCUGUUUUUUGGCAAUGCCUCAGGGGUGAGGUUGCUAGUACCGUAAACUCAUACUUUUAUGGUGAUUUUAUUUCACGGUAGGACGGAAAGGGAGUAGUUUUUUUGCAGUGUUUUUAAUUCACAGUAAAGUUAUUCUGAACACUGUAGUCAUAAAUGUGAGACAUAUUUGUGGUGUUGUGAAUUCAUAGUGGAGACGUUGUUGGGAAAAUAAAACUGCCACAAAAGUGUCAAGGUUUACGGUAUACAGGGUUAAUAACCUACUGGCCGUAGCUCUUCAAAAUGCUGGAGUUGACCUCACACUACUUUAACCAAAACAAACCUGGCAAAUUCAGCUUUGCAGUGGGGAUAAAGUCUUGUUUCUGAAGUUUUUGUAUGGCUUAAUCAUGUGUUGCAAUGGAAAGUUCAUUACUUUAGGUGGUCCCUCCCUUGUGCUUGUUGUUAAAAGAACAUUAGAAGUACACUCUAACAGUAUUCAGAACACUACACAUGAUGCAUCAGGAAAAUGUCACAACUAUUAUGUUUACAGAUAUCUAUUAACUAAGUAUGCCACUAAAACAGAUCUCCAAAAGAACUGAAAGAUGUCUGCAAGAAAAAGGUAAUAUGAUACAACAAAGCGGGGGGAAAAAAACCUUUGGAGGUUCAGAUAUUGGAUAUUGCAAAACAACCUGCCAAGUCUGUAUAGUACUUUCCAUACAUUUUAUGUGCUUGUAGUCUAUAGUUUGAAAGAUAAUAGCUUUGAGGCCCUAAAUCCUUUUACUUUAACGACUUUGGCCAAGUCGUAUAUGCAAAUCAAAAAUCGUGAAAUGUACUUAUAAGCUGUCAGUUAUUUUGUCUCAGUAAAAGCAACAAACCUAUGCCUAUUAACUAAGUACUGAUAGAGACAGUUAGAUGUUAGAGCUUAGCAAGUUUUUAAUGAAAUUAUCCUCAAGACUUCCUGUGUGGGAUUCACUUUCAAUUGUAUGUUUAGCAGUGCCACCUUGUAAUAGUGUACAGUACUGCAUUACAGUUUUGGUGAGAGUACACUUACUCUACAUGGUAUAAAAAGAAAAUGUAUGGAUGUACAUGUAUGAUUUGAGUGCUUGAAUAUUUUUAUGCCAUGAAAAGUAUCUUUCCAUAGCAGAGACUAAUGCAAAUUCAUAUAUAUGUAAUGAUGAAAUGUAAAAUUCAUUUAGGCAGGAGAUGACAACAAUUUAAAGAACGGGCAUGGUCCGAUAGACUUAAAGACUGUACACUGCACUGUAUGCUCUGUCUGGAAGAAAAAGAAAAUGAAUAUGAAACUUGCUUAUGACUGGUGGAAAAUAAUAGCUGGUAUUGGUAAGAUAUGUUGACACUGUAUAAAAUGUAUCAGAGUGAAGAUAUUAUUUGUUGGAUGAAUGAUUAUGAUAUGAUGAAACUAUUAAAUGCAAAGCUAUCACUA